AGUGUACGGCCGGGUAUGUUAUGGGCUCGGUGGUCGCCUAGCAACCCACCAGCUGUUCGGGUGUUUCCGCCAGCGCUCGGGUCCCAGUAGCGAGGAGACCGCGGAUAGAUCUGGUGAUAUCAGUUUCUCCUCUUCUUCGGAUCUUGUGUUGACGGUUUUAUCGCUAUGUGGUUCCCUGUUCAGACCGAACCUUCUAGUUUUCUGUGGUUCCAGGCUGGAGCGUCCAAGGAUGCUUGAAUCUCCCCUAUUUGGAUUUUCCUCCACCAGAUGGCGUGAAAGGGGUGAUUCGCGGGGAUGAGAGCCGCUCUGGCGACAGUGCUGCUGCUAGCGGUGGCCGCCGCAGGCUCCGACCAGACCGGAGAUGUUGAGGAAGACAGCCAGGUGUGUGUGGAAGCAGAACUGCGCCGGGUGACUAUCACUCCAGACAAGCUCCCGGUGGCGCUGCUGGCUACAACUAGACUCCUGCGUGAGAUCGGGCCACAGCCGCAACCUGGUUGGGAGUGGGAGUCGUGGGCGAGAGAGUUACUGGACACUCACCAAGAUAUCCAGUCCGUGGCCCAGCUCUCCCGCUGGAGUGUCUCCAUCUCCUAUCGGGAAGACGAUGGUAUCCCGCCCGGGAACGCCACCAGCCCAUCCUACCUGAGGAGUCUGGAGGGUGCUCUCAACCGUAGCUCUGCCGGAUUCUGGGCUCCUCCUUUCUGGGACUGUUACCUCAGCAAGUGGGUGUUUGGGUUUACCACCCCCCUCCACGGCAACAGGAAGACAGCAGGUUUGUUCUUCUCGUUGGACUGGGUGGACCUGAACCAGUGUGAUGAAGUGAACAGUCCAAUCUUCGGUGGAACCCACAACUGUGAUCCACAGUCCACAAAGUGUUUGCCGAUCCACGGGUUCGGCACGCGGCGAGGAGGCUACAGGUGUGCCUGUCUCCCUGGGUUUGUUCCACCGCCAGCUGCCAACACCACAGUUCACGACCAGUACGGGGCUACCUUCUACAGGUGUGUGCCCAGCUGUGGGGAAGGCAAGCAAUGUUCUGCGGAGGUAGAUCUGUUUCUGCGUACAUUCAUCCUGGCCGCACAGAGCUUCUGUAUUGUUGUCACUGUUGUGUUGGCUGUCGUUGUCUUCAGGAAACGGAAGUGCAAGACUAUUGCAGCUGGAAUGUGGACCAUUCUUGAAACUAUUCUUCUGGGAAUACUUCUUCUCUAUGCUUCGGUUAUAGUACACUCAUUUAGUCCAUCCAUAGAACGUUGUCUGUUCGAACCUUGGUUCAGGGAGUUGGGUUUCAUUGUCUGCUAUGGAGCCAUCAUCCUCAAACUGUACAGGAUCCUGAUGGAGUUUCGGACAAGGAAGGCCCACAGAUGGGUGGUGAGAGACAAGGAUCUUCUCAAAUACCUGUCUGGGAUGGUGUUGAUCAUGUUGGCAUACCUGGCUGCGUGGACAGCUACCAACCUUAACUUCCUCCGAGAGGGCUUCAGCCUUCUGACAAUUGGCUAUACUGACUCUGGCCUUCACUUUGAAGCAUGUAAGCCACUGUGGUGGGAUUAUGUCACGGAGACAGGAGAACUGCUGAUCCUACUGUUUGGUCUACACUUGGGACUGGCCGCUCGCAACGCCACAGUUCAGUUUGAAGAACGCAGAUUCCUCUGUGGCACCGUUGCCGUGGAGGCUGUGGUCAGCUGUGUGUUCUACAUCCUGCGGGCCCUCUACUGGGAAAGCCUCCACCCCGACCAAGCCUUCUUGGCAGCCUUCGCCCGCAGUCAGCUGACCAACACUCUCGUGCUCAUGCUGAUAUUCACACCUAAACUGUGGUACCAACACAAGCAGGUGCGGGACUCCAGACAUCAUCUGUCCCAUGAGCCCUCUGACGCCUACAAACCCCAGGACGGAAUACUCUACGGAGACGUUGACGUUGCUGAGCUCAACUUGGCCGAUAUGAAUCCCGAGGACAUACGAGCUGAACUGAAAAGACUGUACACUCAGCUGGAGGUUCUGAAGAACAAGACCAUUCGCCAGAACAACCCCCACAUAUCUAAGCGGAGAGGAGGACGUAAAGUGGCCCACCGCCGCUUCUCUCUGCAGAAAAGAGGGAGUCGAGAAAAGGCGUUGCAAAGACAGCAGAGAUGUUCGACACGGCCACUGCCUCACGAGACAACAGAGACCAACGAGAACGAGGUAUCUCGGACUCCUGAAGACUCCAUUUGCAGCAUGGAGGGGCCCAGUGCCGUGUACAACGAUGGGCCGUCCACGUACAGUGAACUGGGGGGCUUUGGCACCCCCAACAUCCCCCACCGAGCCAACAGGCAGUAGUGCCCCCCUCUUUCCUCUGCCCUGACCACACAUGUACACACACAAAUACUCUUGACAGGUUCCCCAUUUGCAGAUAAACCCACUUUAGUCGUUUCAUACAUAUAACCAAUUUGAUAUUUCAACUCCUUUCCAACUUUGAGUUUUCCUAGUUGUUUUAUUUCUCAAUCAAUGUACACUCCCAUUAUUUUAGUGCCCUAGUUGAUUAACGAUAAUGCAGUAACUUGAUCCACACUCAUAAUAUAAUUUGGUAUACUUAGCUGUAAUCAUCUAAACAAUAACUAAACAUGUUUUUUUUUAUUAAAAUAUUUGUGUUGUAAUACGUUUAUUGAGUUGUGUGGGUAUGUAAUGAUUUCCAUCAAGGCGAAGCCGUUAUAGAUUUCAACAUCUAACAAAUCUGUCUUUUAUUUAAUUUAUUAUUAAUGGUGCUAUAAUUAAUCUACUUUGUUUCUUUCCAAACACAUUGUAAAGUAAUGUUUAAUCCCAAUUUUAUUUGACUCAUUGAAAUUUUUCAAAAUUUCCAACGUUAUCUCACUCUGUGAUGACAGUAAAAGCUUCCGGAUUUCUAAGAUACCAUCAAUAAACUCUUACAAGAAAGAGUGAUUGACGUUUCUGAAGUAUGAUUGAUACCUUCAUAUUUCAUUGAAUAAUCUUAAAUGAUAAGAAAGCUUACUUUUAAAACUACAAUUUCAAACUGAGAUCGUACAUUGUACUGCGGUAAUUGUUUUAAUAAUAAUUACACCGAAAAUUACAGAUCUUCUCCGAAAAAAUCAAAACCCAUUAUUGUGAAACAAUUCUUGUACAAUUACAGUUUAAUCAGUACAGUUGCAAAGUCAAAUAAUAAAGAAACAGAGACCAAGAAUUUAUGUAACAUUUACUUUAUUAUAUUUUAUUUUGUGUUGUAUCCCAUUGUUUUUUUUUAUUGAAUUGUGAACUAUUCAUAUUCAAUACAUGGUUUAGAAUUUUCCCUUUAGUAGCCUACUCCCUAAGAUUAUACUUAGCUGUGGAAGAUUUCAACGGAACAAUAGAAUCAUUUUUAAUCAAAGAAAAUAACUUGUAUAUCUUAAUUGGUGAUACUAUGUGUGUAUGUGUGUGUGUAUAUAUAUAUCCGUAUAAACAAAGCCACUACUGCAACGACCAAAGGCAUUUACUCCACUACCCACUAAGACUAUGUACUGUAAGCUAUGAUAUUUGAUCUUUGUCUUAGAAGCUUUGUCCAUUAUAGCCAGUGAACCUCUAGGUUAGGCCCCUCAUUUACGUUUCCAUAUUUUUAUAACUGUUCAUAUGCUCAAUUAUAUUUUGAUUGAAAUGAACCACAUUUAUACAUAUACAUAUAUCAGGUAGAUUUUACAUUUUGUGACAAAGUAUUGAAUUUUUGUAUAAAGGCAACCUACUGGUCGGAUUAUGUUUUUGUAAAUAAUUUACCGGAAGAAAUAGACUAAUGCGUGUUAGUUAAACAUUGACAUGUUUGUUUGAACGUUUUAUCAUAUAUGUGCGACUUGAAAAUAUUUGACCAUUAUGCCAUGUAAUUCUUCUAUCUCACUUUACAUGUAUAUAAGUCGUGUCAGCUUCGUGCAACUAUACCGUCGUUACCAGUCAUCCUUCCCCUGAAACCGGUUUCUUUUUGUAAAUUCUAGAUAAAUGUAUAUUUUGAACAAAUAACUAAAUCUAUGUUUAGGUUUAAACGUACAGGGUAAUACUAUAACAGCACAUUGUGUGUAAUAUCCAUAUGUUCUGUUCCGGUGUGUACAUUUAAACCAUUUGUUAAAAUGAACGUUUUAAAACAAAUGUAAUGUAACAUGGUUGCAAAUCUAAGAAAUAAAUAAAUAUUAUUUAUUUUUAUACCCA